AUGUCGCUCUCUAAUGAGAUUUCACCGUUGGAUAUAACUUCUACUAAUAUAAAGCAUGUCAAUAGAAUGUUCCAGGAGAUGGAAGUGAGGAUGGCACAUCUACAGAGACAAGUGGAUACGCUACGAAUACAUGUAAGGCAAGAACACAUGAAGAGGAAAAUACUGGAAUCAAAAUUAGUGACGAGGUUCAGUAAUAUGGCCAAGAGACUGACAGAGAGACUGACAGAGAGUAGUUCAAGUGAUGAAGAUGAGCACGAUAGUGAGGAUAUAAUGCCCUUUGAUCAACAGAUGGAUGUUUUUGAGAGCAUGUUCGACAAUGAGGAAUCGGAUUCUAGCUACAACGAAAGUGGCAAUGAUAGUUUAAGUAGUGAGAAAAAUGUCACGGAUGUUGAGAGUGAGGGUCAAGACGUUAGCGAACAGAGAAAUAACACUGCCAGCAUGCUGGAUACGUUGGUAAGUAGUAACACACAUGAUGUGGUAUCUCAUGUGCACCCAAAUGGUACGAUGAUGAACGAUGAACUAGUAUCACGGCAUGCAUCGACCAAUGAAAGUUCUGCCCAAUUGUCUACAGCUGGUUAUACGACAACUGGACGUAGUGUGGUGGCGACUUCUAAUCAUACAGCAAGUUCGGCUACUUCUAUGCCGCCUGCGCAGCUGGUAUUUGAUGCACAUCACCCUCAAGAGGAUUUGGCGCUGCUAAUCAAUGACGCUUUGAAUGGAUACAAUGGUGCGAAAAAAAGAAGUUUAUCCAAUGAUUUCAAUCAGCAGCAGCAGCAAUCAUUGAAGAAAAGAUGGUUGUCCGUUGCUUCGUAUGCUAGAAUGCCUAUUUUCCCGCUGAAACCAUAUCCCAAUUCCACACCUACCCCUGCAUCUACCGUGGCUACCACUCCAAUAACAAAUAACAAUGCUGUAUCUUCUUCCUCUCCGCCAGCUGGAACUCCACCUCAUGGUAAGAGAUAUGAUGAAGUUGACAUCAGGUCAAAAUAUGGAGUCUCAUUUUCUGAAAAAUAUUUUAAAGUAUCUGAAAUCUGGAACGACUACAUAAAGGUCAAUGAAAAGGGCGUCUCUAUUAAGUCCCUUGAGGAAUCGUACUCCAACAAAUGGCGGGCUAAUUUGAAGAAAAACGUUAAGAAGAAGUACAACAGAAGAUUGAUAGUUGUCAGAGCUAUUGAAACAGGCAUAAAGAGAGGGAAAUCUCAAGAAGAAUGUAUCGAGAUCCUUGAUGGUUUUCUAAAACAGAACAAUAAAGCUGUAUCCCAUUUCUACAAGAAGUCCAAUUUACCCAAAGAACUGAUAUAA